AGUGUGUCAUAGCAUGCUGCUUUAAUGCCAUUAUGCAGUAUCUGAGGGGACACGGCAGUAAAUGUAAUAUAGAGGCAUUUCCUGUCACCGUGCCUUCAGUAUAAACCGCAAUCUUAUUUAUAAGAGGUCGCAGAGGGGGAUUAAGAUCCAGGAAGGGACGCAGUGACCCCCAGUGAGAGCCCACUAACCUGCGUCAGAGGCUGGACAUCUGGAAUGAGACUGUGCCAGUAAGGAUUAAUACUUUUCUUGGAGAUUGACUCGAGACUUGCGUGGAGCAGUCGGGUGGUGGCAUGGCCUUGUCGUUUUGCGGCAGCGACAACGGUACCAAGUCCUACAGCGUAGAAGGGGGCGUGCUGAACAAUGGCUGCUUCGUGGACGCUCUCAACCUGGUUCCCCAUGUCUUCCUGCUCUUCAUCACCUUCCCCAUCCUCUUCAUCGGUUGGGGUAGUCAGAGCUCUAAAGUCCAGAUCCAUCACAACACAUGGCUUCAUUUCCCCGGCCACAACAUGAGAUGGAUCCUCACCUUCUCGCUGCUUUUUGUCCACGUCUGCGAGUUCGCAGAGGGCAUCGUCUCCAACGAGAUGAUGAGGACCAACCACCUCCGUCUCUUCAUGCCGGCCUUCAUGGGUUUCGUAGCAGCCACAACGUCAGUGGUUUACUACCACAACAUAGAGACAUCCAACUUCCCCAAACUACUGCUCGUCCUGUUCAUCUACUGGGUGUUGGCGUUCAUCACGAAGUCCAUCAAGCUGGGGAAGUACACUGAGAACCAUGUUGGACCGCAGCACCUGAGGUUCUGCAUCACCGCCCUCUUAGUACUCCUAUACGGGCUGCUAAUGGCCGUGGAGAUCAACGUCAUUAGAGUCAGGAAAUACGUGUUCUUUGCCAACCCCCAAAAGGUGAAACCACCAGAGGAUUUACAGGAUUUGGGGGUUCGUUUUCUGCAGCCAUUUGUCAACCUGCUGUCCAAGGCAACAUAUUGGUGGAUGAAUCCUCUCAUCAUGGGAGCCCAUAAGAGACCCAUAGAGCUGAAGAGGAUCGGCAAGCUGCCCAUCGCCAUGAGAGCUCUCACCAACUACCUGAAGCUCAAAGACGCCUACGAGGAUCAAAGGACAGCUGAGGAUCCGAACCGCGCCCCGUCAAUCUGGCGCUCCAUGUAUCGAGCGUUUGGUCGUCCCAUCCUGCUCAGCAGCACCUUCCGCUACCUGGCCGACCUUCUGGGCUUCGCAGGGCCGCUCUGCAUAUCUGGCAUCGUAAAGUACCUGAACGAUGAUCAGAACCCUGAUAAAUCUGCAGCGCCAGACAAGCAUAAGGGGACGUAUUUGGACGUGUACUUCAUGUCUUCCACUGAGCUGCUGCAGAACACCUCGGUCCUGGCAGUGCUUCUCUUCCUGGCUUUAGUCCUUCAGAGGACCUUCCUGCAGGCCUCCUACUACGUUACCAUAGAAACAGGCAUCAAUCUGCGAGGAGCCCUGCUGGCGAUGAUCUACAACAAAAUCCUGCGUCUGUCCACCUCCAACAUGUCUAUGGGAGAGAUGACGCUGGGGCAGAUCAACAACCUGGUUGCUAUAGAGACCAACCAGCUGAUGUGGUUCCUCUUCCUCUGCCCCAACCUGUGGGCCAUGCCUGUACAGAUCGUGAUGGGAGUGAUCCUGCUCUACUAUUUGUUGGGCUACAGUGCUUUGGUUGGAGCAACUGUCAUAGUCCUGCUGGCUCCAGUCCAGUACCUCAUAGCUACGAAGCUGGCAGACACACAGAAAAGCACACUGGAGCACUCUACGGAUCGUCUGAAAACGACCACAGAGAUAUUAAAGGGCAUCAAGCUGCUGAAGCUGUACGCCUGGGAGAACAUCUUCUGUGACAGCGUGGAGGACACCAGAGGCAAAGAGCUCACCAGCCUCAAGACCUUCGCUUUCUACACAUCCAUGUCCAUCUUCAUGAAUGCUGCUAUUCCCAUCGCUGCCGUUCUUGCGACGUUUGUGACGUAUGACUACCUCAAUGAAACCGGUCCCACUCCUUCUGAGGCCUUUGCAGCUCUGGCGUUGUUCCACAUCCUGGUCACCCCUCUCUUCCUGCUCUCCACUGUGGUCCGAUUUGCUGUCAAGGCGCUGGUCAGUGUCCAGAAGCUCGGUGAGUUUCUUCAGAGUGACGAAAUUGGAGACGACAGCUGGAGAAAUGGAGACAUGCCUGUUUCCAUGGAAACAGGAAAAAAACACCAAGGGGGGACCAAAGCCAUCAACAGGAAGCAGCCAAUGCGCUACCAGAUGGACAACUACGAGCAGCCGACCAGGCGGCUGAUGAGACCCACGGAGACGGAGGAUGUGGCUGUAAAGGUGUGCAACGGAUUCUUCACCUGGGGGAGCAACCUGUCCACGCUGUCAGACAUCAACAUCCGCAUCCCCACAGGUCAGCUGACUAUGAUUGUGGGCCAGGUGGGUUGUGGGAAAUCCUCCCUGCUACUGGCCAUGCUUGGUGAGAUGCAGACCAUCGAUGGAAGAGUCUACUGGAGCAAGCUGCCUGUAUAUGAGACGGUCCACGAGGGGAAUAUCAGUUGGACAGAGGAGUCUGACGAAGACAUCAGGAGCAAGAACAGAUACUCUGUGGCCUACGCUACCCAGAAGUCCUGGCUGCUCAACGCUACAGUGGAGGAAAACAUCACCUUUGGCAGCCCUUUCAAUAAACAGAGGUACAAGGCCGUGAUAGACGCCUGCUCUCUGCAGCCAGACAUCGACCUGCUGCCUUUUGGAGACCAGACUGAGAUUGGAGAGAGGGGCAUCAAUCUGAGUGGAGGUCAGAGACAGAGAAUCUGUGUGGCCAGAGCUCUCUACCAGAACACCAACAUCGUCUUCUUGGACGAUCCGUUCUCCGCGCUGGACAUCCACCUCAGCGAUCACCUGAUGCAGGAAGGAAUCCUCAAGUUUCUGCAGGACGAUAAACGGACCGUUGUCCUCGUCACACACAAACUGCAGUACCUCAUACACGCAGACUGGAUUAUAGCGAUGAAGGAUGGCUCUGUGCUUAGGGAGGGAACUCUAAAGGACAUUGAGACUCAUGACAUCGAGCUUUAUGAUCACUGGAAGACCCUGAUGAACAGACAAGACCACGGCCUGGAGAAGGACGUACAGCAGGACAGUCAAACAACACUAGAGAGGAAAACACUGAGGAGAGCGUUUUACUCCAGAGAGACCAAGAACCAAAUGGACGACGAGGACGAAGAGGAAGAAGAGGAGGAGGAAGAUGAUGACAACAUGUCCACAACCACUAACAGAAGAUCAAAGAUCCCAUGGAGGGUGUGCUGGUGUUACCUGUCCUCCGGUGGCUUCUUCAUGGUCUUCCUCAUGGUGUCCUCUAAGCUUCUCAAGCACUCCGUCAUCGUUGCCAUCGACUACUGGUUGGCUUUCUGGACUUCCUCCAAAACCAAGAGUGCCAGCAGUUUCAACACCACCGCGCUGCCUGCGCCUGGUACUCCGGGGGCUGAGAGCGGCUCCCACCAUCUGCCCGUGUUUAUCAUCCUGUGUGCGGCAGGAAUCACGUUAUGCCUCAUCACCUCCCUCACCGUGGAGUUUCUGGGUCUUCAUGCCGCCACCAACCUGCAUCACAACCUGCUCAACAAGAUCAUCCACGCUCCAAUCAGGUUCUUUGACAUCACUCCUCUGGGGCAGAUCCUCAACAGAUUCUCAGCUGACACCAACAUCAUAGACCAGCACAUUCCUCCAACGCUGGAGUCCUUGACGAGAUCCACGUUGCUGUGUUUGUCAGCCAUCGGGGUCAUAUCCUCCAUCACUCCAAUGUUCAUGAUCACAUUGGUUCCCCUGGCGGUGGCCUUCUACUUCAUCCAGAAGUACUUCCGGGUGGCUUCCAAGGACCUCCAGGACCUGGAUGACUCCACACAGCUUCCUCUGCUCUGCCACUUCUCUGAGACCGCUGAAGGUCUCACCACCAUAAGAGCAUUCAGACACGAGGCUCGUUUUAAACAGCGUAUGUUGGAGCUGACAGACACCAACAACACCGCCUACCUGUUUCUGUCUGCUGCCAACCGCUGGCUGGAGGUCCGAACGGACUACCUCGGAGCAGUGAUCGUGCUGACAGCAGCGGGAUCCUCCAUAUGGUGUUCUAACUUUGUGCAUUCUGUAGGCCUCGUGGGCCUCGGACUCACGUACGCCCUCACUGUCACCAACUAUCUGAAUUGGGUUGUGAGGAACCUGGCAGACCUGGAGGUCCAGAUGGCAGCUGUGAAGAAGGUCAACAGCUUCCUCAGCACCGAGUCGGAGAACUACGAGGGAUCUAUGGACGCCUCUCAGGUGCCUGAGAACUGGCCUCAGGACGGCGAGAUAAAGAUCCAGGACCUGUGUGUGCGCUACGAUCCCAUCCUCAAACCAGUGCUCAAACACGUCAACAUGUACAUCGAACCGAGCCAGAAGGUGGGAAUCUGCGGUCGCACCGGCAGCGGGAAGUCCUCUCUGUCGUUGGCCUUUUUCAACAUGGUGGAUAUUUUCGAAGGGAAGAUCGUCAUCGACGGGAUCGACAUCUGUAAACUUCCUCUGCAGACACUCAGGUCGAGACUCUCCAUCAUCCUCCAGGAUCCUGUGUUGUUUAGUGGGUCAAUAAGGUUCAACCUCGAUCCAGAGAGGACGUGCACUGAUGAUCGACUCUGGGAGGCGCUGGAGAUCGCUCAGUUGAAGAACAUGGUGAAAGCGCUGCCUGGAGGACUAGAUGCUGUUGUGACAGAAGGUGGAGAGAACUUCAGCGUCGGUCAGAGGCAGCUCUUUUGUUUGGCCCGAGCUUUUGUCAGAAAGAGCAGCAUCCUCAUCAUGGACGAAGCCACGGCGUCUAUAGACAUGGCCACGGAGAACAUCUUACAAAAAGUUGUGAUGACAGCGUUUGCAGACAGAACCGUCGUUACAAUCGCACACCGCGUCCACACCAUCCUAACAGCUGAUCUGGUCAUCGUGAUGAAGCGAGGGAACAUUUUGGAGUACGACAAACCCGAGACUCUUUUGGAGCAGGAGGACGGGAUAUUCGCUUCAUUAAUCCGGGCUGACAUGUAGAAACACAAGUCAGUCAGCAACGCCCGACAACAACCGACAGACUGAUCAGUUGGUUGAUCUUUCUAGUUUUCUUAAAGAGGUGGACAAACCUCUGUGACACUACAACACUCCAGUGAAGCCAAUAAUGUGUGUCUUGUAUUCAAUGGGGGAAAAAAACACAUCCAGAAACAUUAUCAGUCACUAGUUGAUAUAUUUAAAACAUGUACUUGAAUCAUUCAGUCAGUCAGCCAAAUAAAUACUGCCUUUUGUUUUUAGAAAUGACAUGUAGAAACGCCACAUAUCAUUUAAACGAUAAACCAUCAGUUUAUCCAACAUCUAGAGAGUUCUCAAUACAUUAAACAAUGGAGAAACCCUUGGAUCACAGACCUUUAUAAGCAAUCAGUAUUAAGAGUUAAUACAAAAUGAAGAUGUUUGUGUCCCUAGAUAGAUAAUAUAUGAUGCUAGUGGCUAGAUUUUGUAUUUGGCUGAACUUUUAUGUUCUGUAAGGAUCACUUUAAAUUGAUUUUCAAAAGUCUUUAAUUAUCUUGUUACAUUUAUUUUAAACGUAUGCACAACACGUAUCAGUUUUAUUAGCACUUGUAUUAUGCAAUAAUAAGGAAGGGAGAAACUUGUAUUUACAAUCCUUUUUUUUUAAAUAACUGAAUGUUGGCUUUGGCCAGUUGUUUCUGUGCUCUGCAUACACGAAUGCAUUGUGCAGUCUCUCACUGUAUUAAUAUAAUUAAUAUUAUCUUAAUAUUUUAGACCCUGGUGUAGUAUGUGCUACAUUUUUUGAAGUAAAACUGAUAGAAAUGACUCUAUAAGCAGUUUUUAUAAACGUUUUGUUGCAUCAAACUGUCCUGGCUGCGUUCACAUCAUGUCAGAAGUUGGAGAAGAACAGGACGACAUCUCUUUGCUGCAACUUUUUGGGAUUGUAAAGUGAAUUGUUGUGGCGAUUCUUCUCCUGAACGAGUGAGACAAAGGAAAUCGAAGGAUUUGUUGCUAUUUUUGAUGCCUGUUUUAUAAGAUUUCUGCAACGUGUGACGCCAAAAAGGAGACAUCAGACCUUAAAAUGUCCUCGUCCUACCUGGAAUUUCCACCAGAAGGUUGACCUGGUUAUCUUUUUGAAAUUUUGGCAAAACUUGGGACAAGAUCAGCAGACGUCUUUGAUGCAAAAGCAAUAUCAUGAGUGUGUGCGGCCAGUCGGCAACCAACUUUGAUGUAAAGAAGGUGGAAAUAUACCAGAAACAAAUCAAAAAUGUGCUUUUCAAACACCUUGCUUUGAACUUCUUAAAGAUUAAAUUGAAUACGAUGCAUUUCUACGACUUUGCAAGCAAGGACAGUAACAACACACUGAGUCCAUUCAACCAAACUCCUAAUUUUAUUUUUAUGAUUUAGAAUUUAUCACAUCUGAUGUUUUCAAAUUGAAGAAAAUUCUAUUAAGCAAACAAAACAAUCUAAGAAAUGACCUAACACGUAGGGUAACAAAAUACCUCAGUUUAAUGUGAGAAAACAUGAGUUCAAAAGCAAUUCAAUUUUGCAAAAGUUGGAUAUUUUAUUUGUGUUAUACGUCCACCUUUUACUCUUCUCUAUCAGUUGUAUUUCUGUGCCUAUAGUACAAACACUGUAGGGUGUCACUGCUCAGGCUGAAGCCGGUGAACCCGCUGUCUGUCUGCGGUCAUGCUUUGCUGAACUUAUUAUCCUCGGGGACAAUAGACGCCCAAUGUGAGCUCCCGUUAACUACAGAGACGUUUAAUGGUUGUUGUGGACUGAAAGUGAUUUUUGAGAUUUGAUUUCCUCUCUGGCAUUGUUAAAUGAUCCCACAUUCAUAUCAGAAGCUACAGCCAACAGCUGGUUAGCUUAGCUUAGCACAAAGACUGGAUACGGGUAGAAACAGCUAGCCUGGCUCUGUCCAAAGGUAACACAAUCUACUGACCAGCACCUCUAAAGCGCAGUAAUUAAUCAUAUCUUCUUUGUUUAAUUUGUACAAAAAUAAUAAAUUUAUAUUCACAGUUAAUGUUUUUUAUAGAGUUGACUAGUCUCUAAGGCUAAGAUAUUAGUUUACAAUCCUCUCUUUAUUUUACUUUAAACAAAUUCUUAACAAAAUAAUACGGAAACUGCAAAUUAAACAAAUACCAGUUUAUAGAGUCACAAUUCAGUUUUUCUAGAACCACUCGUCUCUGUGGGAGCGGUGCUAUUGUCCCUUUUGUAUUAUUGUUAUUAAUUAUACUCACUUUGCUUUUAAAUGAGAUUUUUAAACUGACUUUGUACUGUACAGACUGAAUGCCAAAUAGAUUCUUUUGCAAGAAUUUCAAUAUUUUAUAUUUUAGAUAUUUUACUUGCUGAUGUUUCAUCUCAAGAAGUUGCUCAGUGGUUUUUCCUCUGUUACACAUAUUUUUCACUCGUACAUCUUCUCUCUGUCUGCAGUUAAUCCUCCUCCUCCUCCUCGUUCUGUUCUUUGAUCGUCGUUCAAUCUGGCCACAACUAUGUUUCAUAAAUCUUUUGUGUUUUACUGCACGUGUGCGUCUGGACUUGAACCUGACAGACUGCUGCCUUGUAAAUUCUUCGCUUCACACCAUGAAACCAUAAUUUGUCUUUGUGCAAAAACAGAUGAAUAAAUGGAAAGACACAUUAUUUUCUUUUAUAUUGUUUUAGGACACAGAGAAGACAGAUUUAACUAAAGCAAGACUGUUAUAGUUUUUAACAUCUUAUAUCCUGUUUCAUAUUUUAAACAGAGCACAAGUUAACAUUGACAGUAUUACAAACACACAUUAUCAGACUACACUCAUAAAUCCACAUUUCAAUGCAACUUAAAUACCAGAUAGCAUUUUUACAGGUUGAUUUUUAAAUCUUAAAUGUAUGUAUGUGUACAUUCUGUAUAUCCAAAACUUUUUAAACAUAUAUCGCAAAGUAUUAUUACGUGUGCCUAUUUUUUUUUGUAUUCUUGAAAUGAUAAUAAAAUGUUUUUGAGUGAA